GUGACAGUUGUCCUCUUCGGGAUGCGUGCUAAACAAUUCAAAAAAGUAUUUUGGCUUAUAAGCCGAGUACUUUUCGUAAAGCAUACAUUGGUAUCCUAGUUUCUUCGUAUAGGGUUUAUUAGUUGGUAUGAUUCACAGAAUAAGAGCACUAGCGAUAGUCUGACAUCAGGUCUGAGAAAAUUAUACGUUGUUGUGGAUCUGUUUCCUGGCCGUCUAUGAAGACUGGUGCUAACUUUAGUGUCGUCUUGCUGUUGGCCAGACUGUACAAGUUCGGGUCUACGAUGUCUUAGCGAGAGCAGUUUCGCCACGUGAUUGCAAAACCUGGCCGCUCCAAGCUGGGAAUGUGGAUGACUUUGUAUCAUCCAGUGGUAACAGUAUGUUAGUUAUACGGAAGUUAGGAACCGUGUGUUUGGGUUUAAUGUUGAUUACUCAAUGUCGCCAUCUUGAAAUACUGACUUCGAUGGCUUGAACAUGUUAUAAAUAUCAUCCCAGAUGUCUCCACAUUGCAAAUUAAUUUUUAAAUUUUGGACUUUGUGAGAAAAUCAAAUUAGUGACCGGUUGGUAACAUGGCGUCGUAGCACAAGAAAAUAUAUAGGACUGGCAUCCUUUCGUCCAUCACAACUACCCGGAUGAGAUCCUAGAGAUGGUGCACUUCAGUGGCUUGAGACACGAACGGCUUCAUACCUGCUCCUUACCAUACAACCUGGUGAGUCUUGGACAAUCUGUGAAGUAUAGUGGAAGUCAUCAGUUUUGAAGCAUGGAUGGCCGUGUCGAAUUGUAUGAAGAAGUAAAACUUUAUCGUACUGCACGCGAAAGAGAAAAGUAUGACAAUCUUGCUGAACUCUAUGCUGUUAUCAACACUAUACAAUGUUUACAAAAAGCAUAUAUUAAGGACUAUGUGGAAUCAAAAGAGUAUACUGCUGCCUGUUCAAAGCUUCUUGUCCAGUACAAAGCUGCAUUUAAACAAGUUCAAGGAGAUGAAUUUGCUACUGUAGAGGAUUUCAUGCGAAAAUAUAAAAUGGAUUGUCCAGCAGCUCUAGAGCGUAUUAAGGAGGGAAGACCGAUAACUAUCAAGGAUGAUAAACAAAAUAUAAAUAAAAGUAUUGCUGAUACUGUUUCCUUGUUUAUUACUAUUAUGGAUAAGCUGCGACUAGAUAUUCGCGCAGUGGAUGAACUCCAUCCAGAUCUUCGAGAAUUGUAUGAAACCCUUUAUCGGUUGAGUAUUCUACCUGCAGAUUUUGAGGGUAAAGAUAGAGUGAAAGCCUGGCUAGACAAAAUGGAUCAAAUGCAAGCGUCUGAUGAAUUAUCUGAAGCUGAAGUACGACAGAUGCUUUUUGAUUUAGACUCUGGAUAUAAUGCCUUCAAUCGGACAUUGCAUUCUGGCCAGUGA